GUGCCAAACACACGCUUCAUGGUGGACGGAUUCCGAUUCCAGUCUUCUCGCUGCAAGCAUUAUUGGCUGUCACACUACCACUCGGACCACACCACAGGCCUGACCACAUCCUUCAGCUCCGGCACCAUCUACUGCAGCGCUGUCACCGCCAAUCUGCUGGUCAAAGACAUGCACAUCAACCCCAGCUGCAUCCAGCCGCUGCCGCUGAACAUUCCCCUCCUGGUCGAUGGCAUCAAUGUGACCCUCAUUGAUGCCAACCACUGCCCUGGAGCCGUCCUGUUCCUCUUCAAGACACCCCCUCCCCCUGGCAGCGAGUUCAGUGAGCAGGUGAUCCUGCACACUGGGGACAUGCGCUGGCACCCGCGCAUGGGGCGACACCCUGCACUCAAGAACCAGCGCAUUGACAUGCUCUUCCUGGACACCACUUAUGCCUCGCCAAAGCAUGUCUUCCCCUGCCAGGAGGACGCCAUUGCAGAUAUUGUCAGGGUGAUGAAGCAGGAAGCCAAGGCUCGUCCGGGCACGCUGUUCAUCAUGGGUUCGUACCGCAUCGGCAAAGAGCGCGCCUAUCUUGGCGCGGCCAAGGCCCUCGGAUGGAAGGUGCAUGUGAAUGCGGACAAGCUGCGGGUGCUGCGGCUGCUGGGCCUGCCCGAGAAUGACAUGGCACUGCUGACGCGCGACGCGGCUGCUGCGCGCAUCCACGUCAGCUUCAUGGGCAAAUUACUCACCCCCGAUGCCCUCACCGACCGCAUACGCGCCGGCCCCUGGACCCAUGUUGUUGCCUUCCGCCCAACAGGUUGGUCCUUCCAGAAGAGCGGGCUGAGCUGUCGGCGCGAGGGUGACGUGGCAAUUUACGGCGUUCCCUACUCAGAGCACUCCUCCUUUGCAGAGCUGCGCGACUGCGUCAAGACUCUGCGGCCGCGCCGCAUCGUCCCCACCGUCAAUGCCUCGACGCCGGCU